UUAACCAGCAUUGUUUGAAGUCUGUGGUAGAACGUAGAACGUGGUAUAGAGCCGGUUCCUCCCAGUGGGCAGGGCCACUUCACACAGAGCCCAUGGUGAGCUGUCUUGUUGCUCAUUGAAGGUUGAGAUAUGGGUCUCCGGUUGUCGAUCCCUGCAGGCCCUGACCUCAGGAUGGUGAUGAUUGGGAAAACUGGAGUUGGUAAAAGUGCCGUGGGUAACACCAUCGUGGGCAGGGAGGUAUUUUUGUCUUGUGCGAGUGCUCAGUCUGUGACGGAGACCUGCGCCAAGGAACGAGCCAGAGGGGUCAGAAAGAUCCACGUGGUGGACACGCCCGGGAUCCUGGACACGUCUAAAUCUGCAGAGAGCAUCAAGAAAGAAAUCGUUAAAUGCAUCAAGGUGUCCUCUCCCGGGCCUCACGUCUUCCUGCUGGUUAUGCAGAUCGGCAGGUUCACCAAAGAAGAAGAAAACUGCGUGGAGGCCCUGGAGCAGAUCUUCGGCCCCGAGGCGUCCGGGUACAUGCUGGUUCUGUUCACGCGAGGCGACGAGCUGCAGGGAAGAAGCAUCCAGGAGUACGUGCAGACCGGACAUCCCAAACUCCGAGCGCUUAUAAACCGAUGUGGGAACAGGUACCACGUCUUCAACAACAAGAUAAGAAUCAACAAAACCCAGGUGGUGGAGCUGCUCAGGAAGGUGGAUGACAUGGUGGCAGCGAACGGGGGCUUGUACUUCAGUGACGACAUGUAUGAGGAGGUGAAGCAGUGGCAGCAGCAGCAGGAGGAGAACAAAGUCGCAGCGGCCCAGGAGGUUCAGAACUUCUCCUUCAUGGCCGAGCUGAUGCAGAGGGUCCUUCUGUUCCAGGCCAUACUAGCUGCUCAGGAGAACAACCCCAACAACCUGACCCAGCCCAGCUUCUCCCUCAACGUGAGGCCUCCGAUGUGACGGCAGCUUCUCCUCAUCCGACAGAGAACGGCUGCAAACUUUACAACUGAACGUUUUGUGCAACCAGAGCCAAACAUCUGCCCAAGUUCAUGAAUGUAACGUUUCUCUGAGGAGCAGUUCACAGCUCCUGCUCUUCUUGACUUGUCCUUGAAUGACGGUAGCACUGUAUGUUGUAUGUUUCAUGUGUUUGACGUGUUUAUCUGUCACACUGUUUUGGCUUUGUUGCCUCUGCAGGUAAAUAAAAGCAGUGUCUCGUU